GUUCCACAGCACCGAUAUGCCUCCCGCGCUAGGACACAGCGGGGGGCUGUUUGGCACAGGCGAUGCUGCAGGCUGGGUGGUGUGGAGCAGCGUGGAUGCUGUGGAGCAGCGUGGAUGCUGUGGAUCGGCACGCACGCUGCGGAUGCCACGGAGACGGCUGGGACGUCCCCGCUUCCCGGGUGAGCAUGGCCCGCAGGGACGCUGCUCCCGGCGCGGCUGGCCGUGCAGGGGAUGCCGGCGGGGGCCGAGGGGUCCUGGCAGCAGGCGGCGGAGCAGCCCUGCCGCCCGCCUCCCCGCGAGUGACGGGGGCGACCCACGGCUCCGGGGCUCCGCUCCCGGCCCCGCUCCCGGCCCCGCCGCGGGCAGCGCAGCCUCCCGCCGCCGGCGUGCGGGGGCCACCCCGGGCAGAGCCCACCCCGCCGACGGGCUGAGGUGGCGGCGGGGUGACAGCGCGGCAAGGAGCAUGCGUGCGGGGGGAGGGGGGAGGAGGAGGAGGAAGAGGAGGAGGAGGAGGGAUGGCGCGGGGAGGCGGCCGCUGUUUAUUUGUAGCCGGGCCCGCUGCGCCUCGGCAGAGCGCGCGCGGCCGGCGGCGGUCCCGCUGCCCGCCCCGCUGCCCGCCCCGCUGCCCGCUCCGCUGCCCGCUCCGCACCGGCCCCGCUGCCCGCCCCGCACCAUGCGGGCGCCGCUGCCUCCCCGCGCCGCGGCGGCGGCGGAGCCGGGGCAGCCAGCGCGGCGCCCCUCGCCCGCACCCGCGCCAUGGUGACGGGCUCGGCGCUGGGCUCCCGCAGCCGGGACCGAGCCGCGCCGCCCCGCUGCCCGUCCCCGUCGGCGGCGGGCGGGCGGCGCGGCGGGGUGGCGGCGGCGGCGGUGCUGGCGGGGCUGUGCGCCCUCUGCUACGGCAACUCCCUGCGGGGCGAGUUCGUGCACGACGACGUCUGGGCCAUCGUGAACAACCCCGACGUGCGGGCGGCCGCCCCCGUGGCCGCCGCCUUCGCCAACGACUUCUGGGGCAAGCGGAUGGCCGAGAACACCAGCCACAAGUCCUACCGGCCCCUCUGCGUCCUCACCUUCAAGUUAAACAUAUUGCUGGCUGGUAUGAACCCCUUCUAUUUCCAUGCAGUGAAUGUAAUUUUACACUGUCUAGUGACUCUUGUGCUGAUGUACACUUGUGACAAAGCUGUGUUCAAGGACUGUCGGCUUGCUUUUGUCACGGCGCUGUUCUUUGCUGUGCAUCCCAUUCACACUGAGGCUGUAACAGGUAUAGUAGGCAGAGCGGACGUCCUAGCCUGUCUACUCUUUCUGUUGGCUUUUCUCUCCUAUAAUAGGAGUGUGGAUCAGCUUUAUGUUGGGGAACAUUUCCCUCCCACUGCCUCCCCAUUCUUUUUGCUGCUUAGUUUAUUCCUUGGGACAUGUGCAAUGCUGGUGAAAGAAACUGGAGUCACUGUGUUUGGUGUGUGCUUGGUUUAUGACUUUUUUUCGCUCUCCUGCAAUGGGCUCAAACUGAGAAACGGAGGGAUCCACCAGAGACCUGCCCGGCAGCCUGUGGCUUCUCCCUCUGCCUCGCUGCAGGUCCCUCCAGCCAGCCGGGAGAAUGGGAAGCAUCGCUUUGCUCACCGGGGCACCUGGAGCUCCUGCCACCCGGCGUCACCCGAGGAGCAGCGGAGCGGUGGUCUUUCUGUUCCCAGCAAAGCCAUGUGGGCCAUUCGGAGCUACCUGACUGCAAAUAACAACCAGAAUUUCUUGUAUACUGCAAGGCCUUUUUUGAAGAGAGCUGCUUUGGUGAUAAGCUACGUGAUUCUCGUAUUGUAUUUCCGCCUCUGGAUAAUGGGAGGAUCCAUGCCCAUGUUUUCGGAGCAGGACAAUCCAGCUUCAUUCUCACCGUAUUUACUGACGAGGUUUCUAACUUACUCCUACCUUCUGGCCUUCAAUGCAUGGCUUCUGCUGGCACCGAUCACCCUGUGCUAUGACUGGCAGGUCGGCAGCAUCCCUUUGGUCGAGUCUGUUUGGGAUGUGAGGAACUUAGCCACAGUGUUCCUGGUGCUGGUGAUGAUGUUACUUAGCCUGCACUGUAUAGCUGCAUUCAAGAAACUGGAACACAAAGAAGUUUUGGUUGGCUUGUUGUUCCUGGUUUUCCCAUUCAUCCCAGCCAGCAACCUCUUCUUCAGGGUGGGAUUUGUGGUGGCAGAGCGAGUCCUUUACAUGCCGAGUAUGGGAUACUGCAUCCUUUUUGUCCACGGUCUAAAAAAGCUGUCGACAUGGUUAAGUAAGUGGAGAAUUACUGUUCUGACCCUCUUUGCUUUACUGCUGCUGCUCUUCUCUUGGAAGACCGUGAAACAGAAUGAAAUCUGGCUGUCACGAGAAUCCCUUUUCAGCUCAGGAGUGAAGACCCUGCCCCACAAUGCCAAGGUGCACUACAACUAUGCCAAUUUUCUGAAAGACCAGGGCCGUAACAUUGAGGCGAUCUACCAUUACAAAACUGCUCUCAAACUGUACCCUCGUCACGCAAGUGCUCUCAACAACCUGGGGACAUUGACCAAAGACGUGGUGGAGGCAAAGGACUAUUACAGACGGGCCCUUCAGUUAAAUCCUCAGCACAAUCGAGCUCUCUUCAAUCUUGGCAACUUGCUCAAGUCUCAAGGGAAGAAGGAGGAAGCUGUAAUCUUACUGCGGGACUCCAUUAAGUACGGCCCAGAGUUUGCAGAUGCUUACUCAAGCCUGGCCUCACUGCUGGCUGAACAGGAGCGGCUUAAGGAAGCAGAGGAGGUCUAUAAGGCUGGCAUAGAGAAUUGUCCAGAGAGCUCCGAUCUGCAUAACAACUAUGGUGUUUUCUUAGUUGAUACUGGAGCUCCAGAGCGAGCCGUGUCCCACUACAGGGAGGCCAUCCGCCUGAGCCCUGCUCACCAUGUGGCCAUGGUGAACCUGGGCAGGCUUCACCGCUCCCUGGCACAGAACAAAGAGGCUGAGGUGUGGUACAAGCGGGCCCUGAAGGUAUCUCGGAAGGCUGAAAUCCUGUCCCCGCUGGGGGCUCUGUAUUACAAUACGGGGCGGUAUGAAGAGGCAUUGCAGGUUUACAGAGAAGCGGCAUCACUGCAGCCUGUGAACAAAGAGAUCCGGCUGGCGCUGGCUCAGGUUUUAGCAAUGAUGGGGCGGACAAAGGAAGCUGAGAAGAUGACGAACCAUAUACUCAAUGAGGAUGCGGAGUGUCUGGAGUGCUACCGCCUUCUGUCAGCCAUCUACAGCAAGCAGGAGCACUAUACCAAGGCACUUGAAGCUAUAGAAAAAGCUCUUCAGCUAAAACCAAAGGAUCCAAAAGUCAUAUCAGAGCUCUUUUUCACUAAAGGAAACCAGCUAAGAGAACAGAAUCUCCUUGACAAGGCUUUUGAGAGCUAUAAACGGGCGGUGGAGCUCAACCCGGACCAAGCUCAGGCCUGGAUGAAUAUGGGAGGCAUUGAGCACAUCAAGGGGAGCUACGUCACUGCCCGUGGCUACUAUGAGAAAGCCUUACAGCUGGUUCCAAACAGCAAGUUGUUGAAGGAGAAUCUGGCCAAACUGGAUCGCUUGGAGAAACGGUUUCAGGAAGUCCAGGAGAAAGACCAAACAUAGCGUUCAGUCACCAGUGAAAAGAAACCCUAUGCCCCUUGGAGAAGAGUAUGGUGAAAACCUAUUGCUUGAAGUGAUGCUGAAGGAACUUUGAUAGGACUCAGAAUUAUGGAAGGCAAAUUUUGAAUGCAUGCUUGUCUUUGACCAAAGUUACAGGAGACGCUUGACUCCUGUGGGACAUGCUGGGGAAUGAAUGAAAACCUUCCUUUAAUCAAGAUUUAUGUUUAGGUUGAACCCAUUUUAAUCACACCAGGAGUGUGAGUGGGAGUUGUACCUUUGAUAUCUUGGUUAUCACUGGGGAAACAAUGAAGACAAAGCGCUCAUCCAUUGCAGCAGGGGUGAAAUAGCACCUCCUGUUGCUUGACACAGUGUCACCUCGUCCAUGUAAAGUACCACUGAUGGGCUUCAUUGCAAGUGCUGCCAGGUCCUUCUGAGCCAGGAAAGAUGGUCAUAACAGUCACAUGAAAAGGUUUCAAGGGGUUGAUGCUGAGAAAGUGGUGGCCACUUUUACAGCUCUAAAUGUGACUGGAAAAUUAUUCUAAAGAAAGGGAAAAUGGUAUCUGAAUAUCACCCUAGAGGAUGAUUCUAUAAGUAGGACAAAUGAUCCUUUGAGGGAAGAUCUCACCUGAAUGUUUCACUCAUAAGGUAGUAAUUUUGUAGUAAUUCAGGUUCAUGACAUCAGUACUGUCAAAUAUCAUAUGGCUUUACCCUUUGCUCUCUCCCUCCAGGCCAAAUAAUUAUUAUUCUGAAAAACAAUGGAAGCAUCCAAAGGGAAUAGGAAGCUCUAGGAUUAUUUGUCCUCCUGUCCAGUCCCCAGUAAAAAAACAACCAACCAAUCUGAUCAAUAUAGGAGGCAAAGGAAAGCCACAGAGAGAUUAGGGAAGAUUUCCUAGGCUGGAAAGGUACUAAAGAGGCUUUUUUAUGGGUGUGCAGGGACAAAGCCCAUUUAUCAUGGUGAUAACACUGACAAAACACUUUGUCAAAGUGUUCUCACCCCUCCCCCAAAAGGUAUAGAAAAUUACCCAUAGCUGAUCAGUCAUAAAUCUAUAUUUUAAAUACUGGAAAGGGAAAACAAAUUCUCUUCAGAAUGAGGGCUUUUAUUUUUGAGCUUUAUUUAUUUAACUUAUAGUAAUCAAAUAAUUAAUAUAUUUUCUCUGUUUUAUAUGAAUUGGGCAGUAUCCUUCACAGCUGGCCACGUGGCUGGGCAUUGUGACUUGUAUUGUAUGAAGUUAGAAAAAAGCAAUACCACCGAGGCAUGCCUGAAUAACUCCCUUUCACGAUGUUUCUAAAGCAAGUAGCUGCAGAUCACAUUUGACCAUACUGUCACUGCAAUACCAGCGCUUCUGCUGCUUCUACCAGGGUUUGUACCAGUUCGCAGAGUUAGUGGGAUCAUGCUUGGUGCCACUGCCUUUGGGUUUGGACAUCAGGGUAGGUCAUCAGUUUGUUCCUCUUGCAGCAAGAAACUGCUGUAAAAGUUGUUAUAUUUCAGCUAGGCUGUGACCAGUUCCUGCAGAAAAGCAGCCCAGGGUUUGGCAUUAUUAGUAAAGGAUAGUUCCGAUUAGGUAUGUGAUGCCUUGGUACACAUCUGUCAGGAAAAGCCUCUGUGGCAGUGACCCAUGUGGCACGCAGGUUUAGUUGGUGCUGGCCAUGGCACCUCAGCAAGCUCCAGAUUUCUGGUGGCUCCACUGGCUCCAUUUAAAAAGCUCGGUGUCUAGCCACUACUGGUGGUCAAAUUACUGACAAAUUAUUAACAUGACUCCAACUGCAUUUGGAGCUCAGAGAGUGUCCAGACUGGUACAGAUGUCUGCCCUGCCAGGGCUUGUGGACCUGCUAGAGCCAUGGCUGUGUGCCCACCAAGACGAGACUGGACUUGAGAGGUAGUGGUCAAGGAGUCCAGCCAGUGCCUACAGCUGGGAGGGAGAGACCAUUGCAGGGAGAAGCUGGUGACAUACAUUUCUGGGCUCUCUCCCUUUGAACCAGUUUCCCAAGGCAGCAGCUGGGACCAAAAUAAGCAAGUCUUUUGCUGGUGUAUUUUCUCUUCUCCUCUCAGCCCAAAGCACUCUGCUUUCCAGGGCCAACGGCAGGUGUGAGGUCCUGGGCCUGGACCAGCAACUCUUUGUCUUUUCACAUGACUUUUAUGGCUGUGGACUCGCCAACCUGACAUUUCUGCAAGUCCCCAGUGCGGGUGCUCUGCUAGAUGCCACGCAUGGAGUAGCUUUGCACAGCCCUGGCACUGCCAGGAUGGCCAGGAGGAGAUGGGGUCAUGCCAGCAGCAUCCCAUCGGAUGGGGAAACUGAAGCUUAAACGCCUUUGAGAGCAGUCUUUUGCCCACCAUGCAUUGCAGAGUCGUAGGUGGUUCAUUACUGGGGUGUUCAGAGGUACCUGGACCAUAAAGCUCUGCCUCUCCCCAGGGUGAGCCUGUCUGUGGGGCAGCUUCACCGAAGCCCUGUGUGCCAAGCUGGCUGGCUGCCCAUGGUACCACCCUGUGGCGGUGGCUUUGGGGGCUGGCAGAGGGCUGUUUGGUGCAGCCCCAACAGCACAAAGCCCCCUGCAGAGGAGGCAGCUGCGGAGUGCUCCAACAGCUCGCCGAGGCAUGGGGGGAUAGGGGUGGGGGGAGGUAUGUCUUAUUUAAAAAUGUGUAUCAGCUAUGAAGUUUGCCUCAUAAAGAUAUAUUAAAUAAAUACUAUAUAUUCUACAGGCCCCACAACAGUGUGGCUUUAAAUUGUGGCCAGUGAAACAUAUUUUUUCAAAUAUAAAGUAACUUGUAUUUUUUAUAGCAAUGCUUUGUGAAGGGGAAGACUUGGUUCUGUGGUUUUAACUUCAGCUUAAAUCUUAGUUUGUCUUUUUGGAGAGACCUGGUAGAAAUGAUUGGCUCAUUCUUGUCCUAGAACCUGAUCAAAGCCAUCUUGACCUCCUAAAACCAGUGCACAUGUAAAAGUAUAAUACAGCUUUGGGUGCUCUCCUCCCAGAUCCUGGAGAAGGAUUUUUGCAGCACCGUCUUACUUGCAGAAUAAUGAGACCACCCUCCCCGUGGGUUUGGUUGGAAGGCAUGGCUUACGUUCAUCCACUUACCUGAGUUAGGCAGGUAACAUAUCCAUGGAGUUUAAUCCCAGUUGAACCAGAUUAUGUUUAUAUGCUGAAAGGCCGACUCCACAUUUUGGAGCUAGGAUUGUGGUAGUUACGGAGAGAGGAGAGCUCAGUAAUGAAACCCCGCUUUCCUGAACCAGCACUUUAUACCCCAUCUAUGCAGGACGAUGGUCUGCAAACUGGCAGCGUAUUUAGAGAAUGACUCAGACCGUAAGCUACCAAAGCAGUUAAACCCUUGUGAAGUUUGGAGCUGAGUCCCUGUCUCGUUGGCGUCCAUGCUGAAACGCUGUGUUUGUUCAGGACAUUAAUCUUAUGAAAGGUUUAUUGCAGGCGAAGAAGAAGAAUGGAGUAUGAUAUGAAAUGGGUUACCUCCACCAAAACAGAACGCUAUUGUGGAUGAUAAAUCAAGGAACUUACCUUGUGAUAAACUGGAUAUUAUCUUAAUUAAUCAUAGGAAAUGUCCUCUUCCUCUAGCAUUGCACAGCUUCUAAAAUAAUGAGUUAUAAAUACAUUGUUUUUUGUCAACUCCAGCGCUCAGCAUGGUUAGCAGAGAUUACAAAUUAAUAAAUGGCUGAAGCUCUACCUGGAGGGGGAAGUUCGCGCUCUGCAAGUUGCAUUGGCUAAACCUCAGUGUUCAUCAAUAUUAGAGUGGAGAAUUAACGGAAAGCUGGUUAGACAGGACUCUUGUGUACUCACUGUGCGUUUUAAUCCUAAAUGAAAAACUUAAUAAUUGUGUUGCUUUUUCCUUUCCCCAUGAAUAAUAUUUUCAGCUGAUGGAUUUUGUUUUGUUUUAUUGCUUAUUUAAAGUACAGCAUUCUUUGCUUCCACUCCUUUUCCAUCCCCCAGGAUAAACGAUGCAGUGGGGGGCAUUUUCUCUCUCUCACAGACUGCUUGGACUAGAUGUUCCUACAGAUGUGCAGGCAACUUGUUGUGGCCAAACAGCAAGUGAAUGCAGCAGUGCAAAUGGCCUUCAUUCCAGAGAUCUCGAUGAGGAUGUGUGCAUGCAUGCACAUAGGUGGAAGAAGUCUAAGUCAAAAAAAUCCAAAAUAAAGAGCCUAACUUGCAGGGGAAGCUGGACACCCCUAAAAUUAUCUAAAAACUAUGAAAGCUUCUUAACAAUUAUAGAAACCAAGCCAGAUAUGGUAUACAAUAUUUGGUGAAAGAAGAUAAUUUCUAAUUUUAAUAAUUAAGCAAUUUGGAAUGUAGUUGUAUGAUCCUUUGCCCCACUUUUCCUCCAGCUCAGCGAAACAGUUGGUAUAUGCUUCAGUCUCGUCAGUCUGUAUGUGAUUAAGUUGCCCAAGUGCUCAAUUUCUAUCUUUCAUAUAUAUGCAAUUAUGCACAAUCUUUGGAAAAAAAUAGCCCUUAGAGGGUUUUUUCUCCAACUUUCAGUCUCUUGCAGCAGCAACAAAAUGCACCAUCUUGCUUUCAUGUACAUUUAAAACCAGCAGUAAAAAAAAAAAAAAAAAAAAAAAAAAAAAAAGGGAAAAAAGGGGAAAAGAAAAAAAGUGCUUGGCAUUCACUAGUGUUACGAUGUGGCAAAGUUGCUUCAGGUAAUCUCAAUAAUUUCGUGCAAAAGUUCAUUGCCAUGUUUGUAAUGACUUGGUGAAAAUGUUUUCUUCUGGAAAAUACCCCCAGUGGUAUCCUCUGUAAAAGUUAUGGCUUCUACAACUGUAUUACUGUAGAAAUCUCUGCCUGAAGUGGAUGUCACGCUGUGUGUUCCUCUCAUGUGGGAGUUGUUUGCAUUGCCUGUUAUUCAUAUGGCUCUUAUUUCUGUAUCUAAUUUCUUUUUAAUCAGUUGUGCAUAUCUUUUAAAAAAACUCAAGAAAACAGCCCAUAGAUUAGAAAUCUUCUAAAAAUAAAUUCAUACUUAGCAGCAGCUGGAUGUAUGUCAGUGGUACAGGAAUUUGCAAAGUCUUUGCUUUUUUCACUGUGGGAUUUAUGGCUAGAUUUCACAUAAAGGACUUAUGCUCUAAGUCUUUGCAAAAGAAAAUGUAUGUAAAUGUCUAUUUUAUAUAAAAAGUAAGAAAAGAAAAGAAAGUGCCAUGUCUGG